UAAAGAUAUCGUUGUCGGUGUUACCCCGCCUUCUCGAGAAUCAGUGUUGAACUGGGAUCAUGGGAAUCAACUUCCAUUCAUGGCAGUGGUACGGAUCACCACAGAGCAACGAAGAGAGGCCGGAGGAUUCAAGGUCUUCGCUCUGAUUGACCCCGACAAACACGGCUUAUGCACCCCGUACCGUGGAAUGCGAAAUGAGGUGUUCUUUCUUUCGCACUUUCGUGAUAACCUUCCCGGACGGACCGUCGAAGCGCGUAGCGUCCACUGGGGCAACCGAGCCAUGGGCGUGGCCUUCCAGCUGGGCAAGGGAGCGGAGAUUUUGUCGGAGCAGGGAGGAAUCAGUGAUAGAGACGGAACAAGCGAUGAUGGCGGAGAAAUCUGGGGAUUGGAGGACGGAGAGCGUGACGGGACCGCUCGAAAUGGCAAUAACGAUCCAUUCCAUCGGCAGACGGGAUUCCAGCCAGCUGAUAACCAACAUGGAGCGCCAACGGCACAUGCAGGGCAGAUUCAGGAAAAAGACUUGGCGGGCAGCAUCCUGCACGUGGCAGAAUCAUUCGGCGAUCAGCUCAAGGAUCUGGUACGUAAUUACAAGCAGACGGGAGAUGCGACUAAACUCAAAACCCUGUGGUACCUCGUCGGAAACUCCAAUACCGGGUACUGUCCUCUGCCUACGCGGCUCGCCCAGUUUCUCCGAAUCGACAUUGCCUUUCCCGCGGAUCAGUACGAAGCGCUUGCGGUCGACAUCCGUGCGGUGUGGCCGGACAUCGUUACGGCGAAUGCGUACAGCCUCAUGCUGACCAGGGACGUCAUGGUGUCCACCGGGCUCAUCGUCGAGUAUCGGCUUUGUCGAGCGUUUCUUGCGGAGGCUCUUUAUCGACUGAGCAAGGUGCCGACCCCGUUCAUGACCCUGUCCAAAGCUCAGGUGACGGCUCUCGUCUUCGAAGCAUUCCAUACAGUGGAACGGAUCAUGCCCAGGAAGAUUCAGGCACCCCCUCGGAUUCAGGCCCCCCUUAGCCCGUGACUCUACGCCGAUCCGUUGAUGGCGAGCUCCGCAACAGAGAAGGGAUGGGGAGCCGUCGUCGAAGAUGUUCUGAGCAACAAUGAUGGUUUUUUAGGGUUAUGGGACAUGUUUGUUACGAUUUCUUGAGCCUCUCGCUCGUCGGAGGGAACCAAUUUCCUAACUGCCCAUCUGGUUGGACACUCGUCACCAGGAGGAAUUCAGGAAGAGGUUUACUGCGACCCCCACCCCACUCAAUAAUAGAAGUGUAU